AUGGCCCCACCAACGAUACCAGCGGAACAGCCGGUUAAUGACUUUGCAAACGAUGUCGCAUCACAGAUGGAGGGCUUUACCCAGUCGCAAGAUAUAGCAGAAGAAGCCAUUGCACGGGAUCGUGAAGAAGACAACUCGGCGUCCGAAGAUGACAACGAUUCUUCCUCGGGUUCGGAUACAGUCAGGCAAUAUUCCAUGAUAAACUCUUAUCGCCGGCCUUCCUACGUUAACCCAGGAUCACGCGGUACAGCUAUAAUGUCUACCAGCGUACCCGAAAGGAGUCACCUACCAACGUCAUGGAAGAAACACAGUCAUUUGUCGAAGAAAGAGAGGGAGACCGUGCGAGACGAGGAGCGGAGCCUGCUCCGCGAUAAUCAUUUGAUUCCACCCAAGCAUCCAAGAGCUGGAAGCGAAGGACCCUUUGACCGAGUACGAUCUAGGAUGUCUAUGUCAGGGCUACGAAAGGUCAAGAGCACUCCGGACGAGGAGAGCGCAGUGGAGUCACCUUCUGAGCGCACGACGCUACUCGGAGUGUCAGAAGGCGAUCCAAGCCAACCAUAUGGGGGCCUAGACUCACCAAAAACGAUCAACAAGAAAUGGAACGAGGCGGUUGCAGCGGGAAAGAUCAACACAAGUUGGCAGCGGGAAGCAAAAGUUUUGAUGAAGAGCUCCGCACCGCUCAUCCUGACCUUCUUGCUACAAUACAGCUUGCCAGUGGCGAGUAUCUUCACAGUCGGGCAUAUCGGCAAAACUGAACUAGGAGCCGUGAGUCUGGCCAGUAUGACUGCGUCCAUAACGGGCUAUGCAGUGUAUCAGGGCCUGGCUACUUCACUCGACACGUUGUGUGCGCAAGCAUACGGCUCUGGGCGUCCUCACCUUGUUGGUCUGCAACUGCAACGCAUGUUGUACUUUCUGCUUUUGAUUACCAUCCCGAUAUCACUCAUAUGGGCUUUCGGCACACAGAUUCUCUCGCUUAUCGUUCCCGAGAAAGAGACCGCACGCUUAGCCGGACUGUACCUGAAGGUUCUUAUUGCUGGAGCACCUGGGUAUGCAGCUUUUGAAUCUGGGAAACGCUACGUACAGGCGCAAGGCAUCUUCAGCGCGACCAUGUACAUUCUACUUAUCUGCGCUCCACUCAACGCUUUCUUGAAUUGGUUCAUGGUCUGGCAUCUUGGCUGGGGGUUCAUCGGAGCACCCAUUGCUGUCUCGAUCACGGAGAACGUCCUUCCUCUGCUGCUCUUUCUCUACGUCAGAUUCAUUGACGGAUACCAAUGCUGGGGCGGUUUUGACAGAAGAGCGCUAAGAAAUUGGAUGCCCAUGGUGAAGCUUGCGCUUCCUGGUCUGGUCAUGGUGCUUGCAGAAUUCCUAGCUUUUGAAAUCCUGACACUAAGCUCGUCAUGGCUUGGUCCAACUGAACUUGCAGCGCAGUCUGUACUCGGAUCUAUUACCGGUAUCACUUUCCAGAUACCCUUCCCAAUGAGCGUAGCAGCCUCCACACGCAUCGCCAACCUCAUUGGAGCUACACUAGCAGUUCCAGCGAAAACAGCAGCUAAAGUCGCUGUCUGUGCCUCAAUCGUCGUCGGCAUCUUCAACCUCCUACUCCUUUCACUUCUUCGUGAGGCUAUACCUCGCCUCUUCACACCCGACGAAGAAGUCAUUGACAUGGUGGCAAAGCUUCUCCCAUUGUGCGCCACCUUCCAGGUCUUUGAUGCUCUAGCGGCCAACUGUAACGGCAUCUUGCGUGGCUUGGGUAGGCAGGAAAUUGGCGGUUAUGUUGGACUUUUUGCCUACUAUGUCGUCGGUAUUCCAAUCAGCUUCGGUACUGGAUUCGGGUCGCCGCAUUGGGGUCUGUAUGGACUUUGGAGUGGACCAGCGAUUGCACUUGGUAUCGUGGCUGCCAUCGAAGGCGUUUUCAUAUGGCGGACCAGUUGGGACAAAGCAGUAGAGGAUGCCAAGGUGCGAAAUGCCGCAAACUAA